GAGGACUCAUAUGACUGCACCAUCAACACGACACACAGCAGCCAUCUUUCUGUUGGAGAGCUGAGAUUUUUCAGGCACCCUUCAGCAGCAGGACCACAGCCGCAAAACUGAAGUUUGCCAUCUUCACCUGAAUCAUGGGGAACAUAUUUGGGAAUUUGCUGAAGAGCCUCAUAGGGAAGAAAGAGAUGAGGAUUUUGAUGGUGGGGCUUGAUGCUGCAGGAAAAACAACAAUUCUCUAUAAGCUGAAACUGGGAGAAAUAGUAACCACAAUCCCAACAAUUGGGUUUAAUGUGGAGACAGUGGAGUACAAGAACAUCAGCUUCACUGUGUGGGAUGUGGGUGGGCAGGACAAGAUCCGUCCCCUCUGGAGGCACUACUUUCAAAACACGCAGGGUUUGAUCUUUGUGGUGGACAGUAAUGACAGAGAACGUGUGAAUGAAGCACGAGAGGAGCUUAUGAGGAUGCUGGCCGAGGAUGAGCUGAGGGAUGCCGUGCUCCUUGUGUUUGCCAAUAAACAGGACUUACCAAACGCCAUGAACGCUGCUGAGAUCACAGACAAGUUGGGCCUGCACUCCCUGCGUCACCGCAACUGGUACAUUCAGGCCACCUGCGCCACCAGCGGCGACGGCCUCUAUGAGGGCCUUGAUUGGCUGGCCAAUCAACUCAAGAACAAAAAAUAAGGAGACAACCAGGGAAGAAAAAAAAACAGCCAGCGGCCACACCCAUCCAACUUUCUCUCUUUUGUGGGGAUGGGGGUUCAGGUUAGGAACACUGGUUUCGAUUAAUGGGUGCAAAGCAAGAAUCUGGGUGUGGGGCACGUUUCAAUUUUGCUCUCUUCUUGAUAGUUUUCUGCGGUUCCUCAUGUCCAUAUUUAACCACACACACUGGCACACCCUAACUGUCAGCAGUCACAGCAGACACUUGCUUUUCCUCGGUCCACCUGUUGUCCGUAAUUUUGUAUGUCAGUUGCUGUAAAGAUCAUACGUGACUCCACUGCGUCAGAUUCGUAGUUUCUGUUUUUCACUGCAAGCCAUCCACGCUGUGAACAUUCCUAUGUCAGUUGCACUUCCUGUUUUUAUCCAUUGCUCUUGUUUGUUGCCUGUUCUGUGGGAUAACAGAGCCAUGUUCGAGAAAAACCGCGUCCAUGCAGAUUCAUUCCACCCUAACUGGUUGUGAUGUCAUGCCCUCCGUUCUUUUGUGUGAGCAGUGCUGAGCACUUCGAUGUUCAGAUUUGGUGUGUGGGUGUGAGUGUGCCUCUCCAUGUAUCUGUGCAAGCAGCCCUAGCAGCAAUAAUCAUGAGCGGCUCUCUGUAACUGCAAAAGAAACGUCCUCUAACUGCCACAUUUUGGAAAUGUUUUGAUAUCUGUGCUCUGUGUUUCUACUCCCUGUGCGUUGCAACCCAGGGAGGCAGAAGCCACCUCUUUUUAAAUAUUCAAAGCCCUCAACAUGCUCCCGAUUGCCUAACCUGCAUGCAUCUUGCUGGCCUUGUUGCAUACUUCUUCAUUAUUAGAGCUGCAUAGGUGUCGAUGCUGUUUGUAGUUUCCCUCUAAUGCCCUUAUCAUCACAGUAGGAUGCAAAAACACCAACUUAUUGCAUUUCGCAGCAGCCCUUACAACUACACAGUCAGCUUUAAUAUGAGAACAACAUAUAGGUUGACAGGCAAAUAAUCUGCUGCUUGUCUGCCUUUUGUGUGUCCAUAUGAGUAUUCAAUUUGCAUCGGAUGGCUCAUGCUUGUGUGUUUUUAUCUUGCAAGUCGGGGAGUUGAUAAUUGUGAAAAUGAAUGUGAACUGUGAAUGAAUCUAUAAAUCGCUGUAAUUAUAUUCAUCUGACCAUCACACUCUGUCAUUUUCAGUGCUGUGUACAUAAUUAUGUGAAGGAAAGCAGGGUAAACAGAUCAUUAUGUCGGUGAUACUACAGAAAUUCAUCAGCACGUCCACAACUAACUUUUCAACGGCAGGCGAAUGACUGCGGCAGCGCUGAAACCAGCAGAAUCCAGGCGUUUAUUAAUAAAAACAUCUCCUUGUGCCAUAAUGGGUACUACUACUCAUUCACUCCUAACAGUUCCACAAACCGUGCAUCCACUCUGUGCUUAUCUACCAUAUCCAGCAUUUAUUAAACGUUAAGUUGGAAAUUUGAUCUUAGUUUAUGUGGCCUUACAUUACGAUUGAAAAACUCCUGGCUGGUUUGUUUCUUAUUCUAAGUCACAUGUAUUUAUCUGUAUCUAUUUAUGAAAAAAAGACAUGGAGAUUUAUUUGUCAAUGCCCUCCAAAGGCUGGUUUUGCACCAAACUGCACAAUGAUGAGGGAAAGAUUUUGUUGUAGAGUAUCUUUUGUUUUGCCAGUAUACUGGAAUCAUCCCUGGUGGUAGAUUUUAUUUGAUUUCCUUUUAAGUUUAAAGAAAUGUUGAUGUAGACUGUGUCCGUGAAACAAUGAAAAUCAACGUGAAAAAAAACAAACAUUUCCAAUGAUUCAUGCUGUACCGUUAUAGCUACACAAGUAGAUUGUAAAAACAGUGAAGACUUUGUUCCAUUGCUGAAUGCAUGGAGACAUCUGUAUGUGACGUAAGACAACAAGAUCCUGUAUGCUGUAUAUCAAAUAAAAAACAUUUUCUGUAUGAGCUGUGAGUGUCUGGUUGUGCUGAAAAUCCAGUAUUUUCAUCUGAACUGUUGAGAUCAGUGCAGCAAAGUC